ACUUUUUUGAUAGACCGUAAAGUAAACACUAUUUAUAUAUUUCCAUAAACAGCAAAGAAGUUUCCAAAAGGAGACGAAGAUAGUAACGGCGUUGGGAAGCUGUGACGGCGAUUCCAAACGUCGGCGAUUGAAUCUUCGGCUUCGCUUGGUCAAGAGACGGCAAUGGAGACUGUCACCGUUAAAGGUGGCGAGAUCGGAAGCGGAGGAGGCUCGUCUGACGACGACGUCGUUUCACCAACCAAAGAAGAGGCUGAUGCCGUUAACUUAACCGACUCCUCGUCGUCAGUUAGUUUUUCAAAAUUGCACGAGAUAGGUGUAAUAACGCCGUUUCUGAGAAAGACGUUUGAGAUCGUCGAUGACAAAGUAACAGACCCGGUUGUAUCAUGGAACCCGACCCGUAAAAGCUUCAUCAUCUGGGAUUCUUACGAGUUCUCUGAGAAUCUCCUUCCCAAAUACUUCAAACACAAGAACUUCUCAAGUUUCGUCCGUCAGCUCAACACCUACGGGUUUAAGAAGGUAGAUUCAGAUAGGUGGGAGUUUGCUAACGAAGGUUUUCAAGGAGGUAAGAAACAUUUGCUGAAGAACAUCAAGAGGAGGAGAAGCAAAAGUAAUUGUAACAAGGAAGCGAGCACCACGGGGUUGAAGAAGACAGAGACAGAGGCUGAGUUACUGAAGGAGGAUCAGAACUGUCCAAUAAGAUUGGAGGUGUUGAAGUUGAAACAACAACAGGAAGAGUCUCAAGAUCAAAUGGUCACUGUGCAAGAGAAGAUACACGGAGUCGAAACAGAACAAAGACAUAUGCUAAGCUUCUUUGCAAAGUUGGCCAAAGAUCAAAGAUUUGUUGAAAGGCUGGUGAGGAAGAGGAAAAUGAAACAACAGAGAGAGCUCGAAGCAACUGAAUUCGUGAAGAAGUUGAAGUUGCUUCACGAUCAAGAAACUCAAAAAAACUUGGUGGAUGUGGAAAGUCAGCUGAUAAUUAGAGAAUUUAUGGCCAUGGCUGCAACAACACAACCAGAUCAUGAGUCUGACAUUUCCAUGAACAAUAAUCAAAGUGGGAGUACGAGAUGCCAGCUUAAUACAGAGGACAUACUUGUUGACGUUGGUUCAAUGGGUGAAAAGAAGAUUGAUGUAGAUGUAAAUUGGAGAAUCGAGUAAAACAAAAAAAAAAAAAUAUAAAAGAACUUGUACAGAGUUGUCUGGAUUAUACUGUUAGCUCUUGUAAAAAGUGUAGCUCUUUAUUCCGCUAACACUUGACUGCGUUUUGAAUAAUGGUUGAUUUUAUAGUGUGUA